CGUAAUCCGCCGCCAUGGCCAAGGAAGGCAUUGCUGCUGAAGGUGUAAUGGACGUCAACACGGCUUUACAAGAGGUGCUGAAGACUGCCCUCAUCCACGACGGCCUAGCGUGUGGAAUUCGCGAAGCUGCCAAAGCCUUAGACAAGUGCCAAGCCUAUCUUUGUGUGCUUGCAUCCAACCGUGAUGAGCCUAUGUACGUAAAGUUAGUGGAGGCCCUUUGUACUGAGCACCAAAUCAACCUAAUUAAGGUUGAUGACAACAAGAAACUAGGGGAAUGGGUAGGCCUCUGUAAAAUUGACCGAGAGGGAAAAUCCCGAAAAGUGGUUGGUUGCAGUUGUGUGGUGGUUAAGGACUAUGGCAAAGAAUCUCGGGCCAAGGAUGUCAUUGAAGAAUACUUCAAAUGCAAGAAAUGAAUGAAUAAAAAUUUUGGCUCACUUCAAAAAAAA